AUGGGGCAUUCUAAAAGUAAUCCACCAAAAGUACCAAAUGGUUGGAAAGCAGUCUUUGACGAAGAAUAUCGGACAUACUUCUUCGUCGACCUAUCCAAUGGGAAAUCGCAAUGGGAAGAGCCUAAAGGCACAACUUGGAACGCGGAGUCACCGCCCCCUUAUCAAGAACAGAGGCCUGCAGGUGCGCCAAGUGCAGUAAAGGGGGAUAGGAAAACCCCAGCCACGGAACAGCGUAGCGGAUACCCACAGCAAGCUUACCCGCAACAGCCAUAUUCACAACAGGCCUAUCCGCAGCAGGGAUAUGGUCAGCAAGCCUAUCCGCAGCAAGGCUACCCUCAGCAGGGCUACCCUCAGCAAGGUUACUACCCCCAGGCUUACCCUCAACAACCUUACUAUCCACAGGCAUAUCCUCAACAGCAGUAUCCCCAGCAGCAGCAAGGCCGCAAGAAGUUCGGAGGUGCUAUGACUGGUGGUUUGCUUGGUGUGGGUGGUGGUCUUUUAGCUGGUUCCCUUCUGGGCUCAGCCCUUUCACCACACGAAACAAUCGUCGAGAAUAACUACUAUGAUGAUAAUGGUGGAGGUGACUAUGGCGGCGGAGAUUUUGGAGGUGGUGACUUUGGUGGCGGAGAUUUUGGAGGUGGUGAUUUCUAG